UCAUAAACCAAACAUAUAAAUAAACUUAUAUUCGUCAAUCCAGACACAAUAUCACCACCACCGCCAUCAUCAGCAUCAUCAGUUAUUGUCCUUACAACUCAGAAGAUGGAGAAAAACUGCGACUUGGAACUUCGUCUCUUUCCAACAUCUUCUUAUGAUGAAUCAGAUACCUCUGUGGUAGAAUCAAGAAGCUCUGGAAACUCACUACCAAAAGAGGAAGAAUCUCAGAGGAUAACAAUUUUCUACAAUGGAAAAAUGUGUGUUUCUUCGAAUGUUACCCAUCUUCAGGCUAAAUCUAUAAUAUCGAUCGCGAGUAGAGAGAUGGAAGAGAGGUCAUCCUCAAACGGGUCGGAUCCUCGGAACAGGUUGACCCGAUUACAUCAUCAUCAGCUUCCAAAUCCAAAGGCUUCUAUGAAAAGAUCUCUCCAAAGUUUUCUUCAGAAACGGAGGAUUCGAAUUCAAGCAGCUUCACCUUACCAUCAGCAUUCACGACGAUAGUGUUUUUAUUUUGUUUCUCAAAUUUUAGUUGACAUACUUUUAAAAUAAUAAUAAUAAUUUAGACAUGUCUUGUUUGUUGCUGGGGAUGGUUAAACAUUUGACAUCCAUGGUUUGUCAAGUUAGACGUAAUUUUUAUGAAAACCAUUAGUCAAAAAGAUGUAAUUUUUUCUCUCUUUGUGAUAUAGAGUGAGGUUAGAGAAUAUUAAUUAAUUUGGUGAGAAAUGUUU